AUGAGUGAAACACCUUCAACCAGUUACUCGGUGAAUCAGCCAAACUCUUCCGAGAGCGAACAAAGUUUAUCCACGCGCCAUUUCAACGUUACUGAACCUGUUGUGGCAAAACGCAUCUGUUUCUAUAAAAGUGGAGAUCCUCAGUUCAACGGGAUCAAAAUGGUCAUUAACAACCGAUCUUACAAAACGUUUGAUGCCUUGCUGGAUAGUUUAUCCAAGCGGGUCCCAUUACCUUUUGGAGUAAGGAAUAUUAGUACACCGAAAGGGAGACACAACAUCACCAAUUUGGAGGAGCUCGAAGAUGGAAAAUCUUAUAUUUGCUCCCACCAGAGGAAAAUGAAGCCCAUCAACCUGGAACAGGCCAGCAAAAAGCCACUGCCCUGGCAGAUCAGUAGGCCUGUCAGCGCUCAUGGAUCUGGCUAUAGAGAAAGCAAAAUUACAACUCCCAAAAAGAUGCUUGUUUUCAAAAAUGGGGAUGUAAGACUCAGGCGCACCAUCGUUCUGGGAAGGAAGAAUACCCAAACCUUUGAGGCCUUUCUGGAUUACAUGAGUGAGUUAAUGCAAUAUCCAGUCGUGAAGCUGUAUACCACCGAUGGCAGAAAGGUUCCUAAUCUUCAGGCCUUGAUAUUAUGCUCCGGAGCUGUAGUCGCAGCAGGGAGAGAGCCUUUUAAACCAAGCAAUUAUGAUUCUCUUGGGUAUUCUCGACCUGCUAAAUUGCUUGGAAUUGCAAAUCGUGUGUACCCAAAAGCAAAUGCCAAGUCAGAAAGUGAAAAUAUGAGAGCUGAAAUGGGCUCUAGCUCAAGAUCUCAGAUAUUUUCAGUUUCUUCUGAUAAAGGGUCCAGCAAUGAUAACAACUCAAAUUAUAACAACUCAGAUUCUUCCUAUGUUCCUGACAGUCAUAAUGGUACAGAAGGAAAUCAGUCAAUUACUGGUGAAGACUUAUCUGUGGCACAGUAUCAAGAAGACAUCGAGAAAUCCGUUCACCUUAAUCAAGAUGGCAGUAUCACAGUGGAAAUGAAAGUUCGAUUCAAAAUUAAAGAGGAAGAAACCAUUAAAUGGACAACGACCGUAAGUCGUGCUGGCCUUUCUGAUGACAAAAAUACCACCGUUUGCAAUUCCGCAAUGCGUGCUGAAGACUGCUUAUCCAACGUAAAUGUAUCAGAACGUAUAAAACCAAAAGAUGCUCCAUUUUUGAAGAGCUACAAUAAAGAAGAGGGAGCCUCAUUGCAGCAACUCAAUGCAGAAACGCCAGAAAAAGAUUCAGAGUCUGAUUUAAACACUGCUGUUUGUAAUAUAUGUAAGAAGAACAAUUCUGCAGAUCUAGAUGUGAGCAAUGUACCUGAGGAUAACAUCAGGCCUCACUUUUAUAGGCCUCCUACCCCUGGGCCGAGGCGUGUUAGGCAAAAGAAAGCAGUGGUUGAAAGUGUUACCUUGGUCUCUGAGAAAGAGGUUCAGGAGAAGACAAUAGGCCAGUUUUCCUACAGUGAGGAAACACAGAACGGAGAAAAUAAAUCUGAGUAUUGCAUGGUAGCUCAUUCAAGCAGAAAAAAAUCAAGUGUCAGUAAUCCAAAGUUUAGUGAGAGGAGCGACAAUGACUUAUUAAAGCUUUCUUCAGAGAAUAUAAAAGAAGAAAUGCUUUUUAAAGUAAGCCACAAAAGUAAUGAUUUAAUAGAAUCCACAAAUAAGAAGACAGUAGAAGUGCCUGGUGAGGAUGAAUUGGUACAGAAUACAGUAGAGAAAUCAGUUGUGAAACAAGAUUCAGUGCAUUCAGCCUGUCCUGGACAUAGCCAGAUGAAGAUGAUGGUACCUCCAUGUAGUAAAGCUCCUACGGAGGAAAUAAAUCCAGCAACUGGAUUCUUUCCUGCUGUUACUGAGGAUGAGAAUCAAAUCAGUGUCAGGACUGAACCUGUCACAGCAACACAUCUCACUGAUGACAACCAAUCUGUAUCUUCCCUCACCAAAAAGAAGAAGAAGAAGAGAAAAUUGUCUAACUUUGUAGAACAAGGUACAUCUGAAAAUCAAAAAGAUAAAGAAACUUCAGGGAUAAUUGAAAGUGAGGGAAUGCACAUCGCAAGCAAAACUAGACAGGAUUCCACAACAGAAGCUAUGGAUAAUUAUUCAGAAACGAUUCCGAAAAAAGGAAUGGAUUUUUUUGUAAAAAAAGAUGAGUUUGUCAAUUCAGGCAAAAGCGUAUGUCCUGAAGAUGAGUUCUGUCACCAGGAUUCAGUGGAACAAAACGGAUUAUCAUCUAAUAAAAAAGCACGAAGUAAUAACAACAAGUUAAAUAUGUCAGAGAGAGCCAUUACACUAGAGGCUCUAAAACAGGAGGAUUUCCAAGAGGAGGUUGUUGAGCAUUCACUUGAAAACUAUAUCCAAACUUGGCUGAAAAACUUGUUACCAAAAUCUGUCUUACCCCCUAUAAAUAAAGAAGAGAAUACAACAUUAAAGCCCAUUUGUGACUUGGGAACUUUAGAAGAAUCAGCCCAGGAUUCAAGUGAGAAACAAACUGACUCUUUGAUUCAUGUCAAUACAACUAUAGUAGAAGAAGCCAAGUAUUCACUAAAGUCAGAAUUCCAUCAUGAAGGCAAGCUACACUUGUUUCAUGAAACACAUGACAAUGAUAAAAAGGUAUUAGAAGUUGAUAUCCGAGAUACCAAUUUAUGUCAAAGAAAAAAAUCUGAAGUUGCUGUUCAAGUUGAUUGCACAAUUGUCAAUGAGAAAAUGGGAACUGAUAUUCAGAGUAAUUGCGUGUCUAGCAUGUUGCUGCAUGAGCUACAAUCGACUUUGCUUGGUCUCCAGAAAGAACAUAGUGGAUGUAUAGGAAAAGCUUGCGGCCUUUCAGAUCUUUCUCCUUCAGCUUUUGGUUCUUCCUCCAAUGUCCUCCUGGCUUGGCUACUCAUACUGAACCUGAGAGACAGUUUGAUUGGGACAAUCAAAGAUGAUAUGCAAAAAACUACCUGUAGCUGUUCUGAAAUAUUUACACAGUUACAAUUUCUGAAACAAACUACAGUCAUAGAAAAGGUUGAUGAACUAAAGGCUGCCUUCUCACAUUUUCAACAAUCAACAGAAAAUAACGGAUUAUACUUUGGAAGGGAACUCAAAAAACAGGACUCCACACAUUGCCAUGAGAAUAUGCCCAUACCUGAAAUUCAUAACGGUAUACAUUUGCAUGAAAACGAAAAAUCAGUUGAACCUUGUAUUCCAAAGGACAGUGUAAAUCCUGAAGAAGCUCUAAAAUUGACCGGUGAAUUAGAAAGCUGUUUGGAUAUACAGGAAGACCUUUGUAGAGAAACAGAGACCUCAGACUUGAGUGCUUCCAAAGCAGAUGGUCAAUAUGCCAAUACUAAUUCAAAUACCUGUAGCCUUGCAUCAGUUAUAGAGCCACCUGAAAGAAAUGAAAGAAUGCCUGAGAGCCUAUAUGAAAAAUAUCAAGGUGAAAACAGAGAUACAUCAUUCAGUAAUGAAGAGUCAGAAACUUCACUAGAACCUAACUCCACAGUUCAUAGUGUAACUUCUAAUGAUAAAAAUCAUAUUUUGGAUCAGGAUACUUCUGAAUUGGAAGGUGAACAAGAUAUACAUGUUACUACUGAUAAAAAUGAAGAUGAGAAAGUUGUUCCAAAGUCAGCAGGUAAUGACAAAAACCCAAAUAACCAACUUAAACUAGCUGCUGAAACCUCUGUAGAAUAUAAUAAUGAGGAUUAUUCUGUACAGGAAGACAAGGAAGAUGCAGAAACCUGUGAGGAAACCUCUGAAAGGUUAUCUACAGUCUCUCCAUUGUCAUUUUGUUAUGAAUCAAAGCAAAUUACAGAAUGUGAUAUGAGUGAAGGAGAACAGAAAAUGCAAAUAGAAGAAGUGGAGAACAAAAUGUGUUCAGACAAUUCUCCAUUAAAAAAAUGCUUAAAAAGUCCUGCUACUUCAGACUGGUCUGAUUACAGACCAGAUACUGAAGAGAGUGAUCAUGAAUUUAGAACAUCCAGUGAUUUGACCAAUGAAAGUGGGGAGGAAGCAAUACUUGAAAAACAUUAUAAUACUGGUUAUGUAAAAAGAACUAUUGAGCGACUUUAUGGCAAGACGGAAGCUUCAUUUAAGCCUGACUUUCACAAAGGAUUUCCUUAUGUGCCGAAAGUGUUUCAAAAGGAUACUGAAGAAUUCCUCUCUACAGUGAUGGAAAAAACCAUUUAUUUUUCUCAAGGACCUAGGUCGUGUUCUGCAGAGAAAUCGUCACCUUCUUCACUACCAUCACAAGAAUUUCCAGUAAACAUAAACAAAGACAACACUAUAUCAAGAAGAGAAAAUACUUCUUUGCUAACACCACAAACUAUUCUUAACAGAGAAGAGACAGAUUAUACUAAUGACCAUUCAGGGGAAUCGCAACAGCAACAUUGUCAACCUAGCAUAAGAGCUAAUGAAGAUGAAGGAAUAUUGAUAGAUAAAGGCAAAUGGCUUCUCAAAGAAAAUCAUUUGAUAAGAAGAUCACCACCUGAACGGCUUGUAAUGUAUGGUAAUAUGGAUACAACAUCAACAGACACAGCCCUUGACAGUGAUGAUGUUCCAUACUCGCACUUUGGCAAUCUGAAUCAGUACCCAGACCUCAAAGAAAUCUCUUCUUCAGAACUUGAAGACAUGGCUAAACCUCCAGAAAACUUUUGCAACUACUUCAAUAUGCCUCGUAAUAGUGAUUCAGACCCCUUUCAGGAUGACUUAAGUAUAAAAAGCCAACCUAGCCGCAAUGGUAAGGUCGCUUUCCUUCCUCCAGCAAACAAAGAAAAGAUCAAACCAUCAGUAGUGGCAGGUUCUACUUCCACACAUCUUUCCACACAGGCUGAUACCAAUUUUUCAGCCUUUACAUCUGUAGAAUUUAGAUUGCCUGAUAACAAGGUGCAUCCAUUGGAACAGCCUUUAAAUGAUGAACCCACACAGCCUCAGCCAACUGAUGUCAGUAACCCUAACAGAAGUGCUCUUCAGGAAGAAGAUUCCUUGGAUAAACUCCAUGCUAUAUGUGGCCAACAUUGUCCAAUACUGAUGGUGACAGUAACACCUAUUAAUGAGGAACAGAGAGGAUAUGCCUACCGAAAGGCAUCUGAUAUUGAGAACCAGCUGGGUCCACAUUUCUUGGCCAAAAAGAGUGAACAUUUACAAUGGUCAGGCAAAGAUUUAAUAAGAGAUGAAAAUAAUCAUGUGACUCCGAAGAGUAACUGUAUCACUAGGAAAUGGAAGGUGUCAGUCUUCACCAGCGAUAUACCAUCUGCAGGAACAAGCUCAAAGGUUUAUAUUACAUUAUAUGGGGAUCACAGCAGUUCGGGGCCUAUUUUUCUUGAUGGAGAGGACGGAAAAUUAUUUCAGAGAGGCAAUGAAGACAUCUUCACAAUCUCAGCUAACUCUGGUCUGCCUUCGCUGCUCUGUCUCUUUAUUGUUUAUAACACUGAGUGCAGGGAAGCUCAUGAUACAGGGAACUUGGUUCACACCCACCUCUACAACGUAGAUGAAAACAAAUUCUACAGAAACCAAUAG